GGUCUCCUUCGAAACAUGGCUGAUCAAACACGAGCAAAUCCUAAUGAUGAUAAUUAUGAAGAGAAAAAAGAUAGGAAGACGGUUAAUCUAGAUAGAAUCUUAGUAGAGGAGAUCGGGGAAAUUGGUCCAUAUCAGCUGCGGACGUUGGUUCUGUCCGUAGUAGUGGUCAUCUUUGCUGCAUGGGCUGCGAGUGAAUACGUUUUUACAACUGCUCGUAUUAGUACCAGAUGUUUAAUACAAGAAUGUGAAACACGAGAGUCGACUGAGUUCAGACCAUCUUGGGUUUUUAACGCAGUGCCCGAUAGCGGUAGCUCUUUCGACAACUGUCGACGAUUUGAUGGCAUCAAUGGAACUGCGUGGAGAAGUGAUGUCUGCCCUGCGGACUGGUUCAAUCGUGAGAACGUCGUUGACUGCGAAGAAUUUAUUUACGAGAACACUGAUACUGUCGUCUAUGAUUAUGGGUUAGCAUGUGACGAAUGGCGUCGGACACUCAUCGGCUCAGUUCGGACCUUUGGUACCCUGACCGCGUUACCGAUUACGGGCUACGUGUCGGACCGAUGGGGGCGGCGAACCGCGCUGAGUAUUAACGCCUUCAACACCGCCUGGAUGGGUACAGUCCGGUACUUUGCCGGCACUUACGUAGGUUUCCUCAUCUCAGAAGUGGCAGAAGCUACGUUUGGUUCAGCUGGAUUUUCCUGCUGCUAUAUACUUCUAAUGGAACUCGUGGGCCCGAAGUAUCGAGUCAUCGCUGGAGCGACCAUGAACACGUUUUUCUCCAUUGGUCAAAUAACAAUGGGUUUCAUCGCUUGGGGAGUUCCUAAUUGGCAGAAUCUUACGCUCACUCUGUACGUUCCGCAGUUCAUUACCAUAUCUUACUUCUGGAUCAUGUCUGAGUCUGUCCGCUGGUACAUGAGCAAAGGUCGUUUCGAAGAAGCAGAAAAGGUCCUUAAAGACGUAGCCCGUGUCAACAAGAAGGCAUUAUCGGAUAACUCGUUACAACUAUUGAGAGAAAAUGUAAUAGAAGAGGAGAGGCAGAAAGCCAACGAAGAAGCAGAAAAAGCAAGUGAACCAUGGCUGAUAGUGCUUGUAUUUAGACACAAAGCAAUUCUAACACGAGUACUUGUGUCUCCGAUUUGGUGGAUCACUACCACGUUUAUAUACUACGGUAUGUCUAUAAACUCGGUGAAUAUGUCUGGGAACCGGUACUUGAACUAUGUAGCGGUGUCCGCAGCCGAGAUCCCGGGUUACUGGACUGCAGUGCUUCUGAUGGGUAGGAUUGGGAGAAAACCCGUGCUAGCUGGGGCCUUCUGGAUUUGUGCCGCUUGCCAGGUGGGGUACAUCUUCAUGCCUGACGGUCUCUACGGCGCCUCCUUGACGUUGUAUCUGAUUGGAAAAUACAGCAUAGCCAUGGUGAUGACGUCGGUGUACGUUUACACGGCAGAGCUGUAUCCCACGAAGUAUCGACAUAGUCUCUUCGCCUUCUCCUCAAUGAUGGGCAGGAUCGGAUCUAUAGUUGCGCCGCUGACGCCUGCUUUUGGUGCAAUUGUUUGGGAUAAUUUACCAUUCGCCCUGUUCGGCGGCUUCGCAUUGCUAUCGGGACUUUUAGUUCUCAUAACCCCAGAGACCCUGGGCUCCAAGCUCCCGGACACCAUGGAUGAAGCUUCUAUGAUAGGCGUCAAGACUAAGAAAGCUGCAGCAUAAAUGUACCUCAUUUUAAUUGUUUAUUUUAUAUAUUACUAGCGGCCCGG